AUGCCACCAAAACGAACCAAAAAAGCUCAAAAUUCUGCUGAACAGGAGGGUAGGAUUCAACUAGCUGUCCAAGCUUUGAAAAAGGAUGAAAUAUCCACUAUCCGCGAAGCCGCACGCCUGUUCAACGUGUCCGAAAGCACACUCCGUCGCCGACGAGCCGGGGUUAAAGCACGCGUGGACUUACGCGCAAAUUCGCACAAAUUGACCAACAACGAAGAAAUAUCGCUUGUUCAAUGGAUAGUGUCUAUGGACGAUCGUGGAUCUGCCCCGGGGCGUAGUAUGGUGGCAGAUAUGGCCAAUAUACUACUGGCAGAGCGUGAUGAGACCCCUGUCCAAACCGUUGGGGCAAAUUGGGCCACAAACUUCGUGAAACGACACCCUACCCUCUUAUCUCUAUAUUCAAAACUAAACCCCUCGGGUAGCACCAACAGCGUGUUUCCACCUAAAACGCCAGAGAACCUCUCAACUCAUUACACAAGACCUAGACACUCGGGUAGCGCCAACAGCGUGUUUUCACCCAAAACGCCACAGAACGUCUCACAGCUACAAGAACAAGUCUCGUCUAUCAAAGUGCUUAUGAAAGAGCACUCGGAAAGUCCACCCACACCUCAAGGCGAUAACAUAAAUCAGAUGAUCGAGGCCUUGGAAUUAACGAUAGAGGCUGUUAUCUUCCUAUCACAAAAAUAUGGCGUUUCACGUUCAGAAAACGAGAAAAAGCGCUCAGAAAGUCCACUCACACAUAAAGAUCGUGCGUUAAAUAAGCUUGUCAAUAAGUUUAUCAAGGGCAUUGUAUUCAUGGCGAGUUCUUCUCUCUCUGUAGCACACGAACAUAUCAUUUUACGUGCAGAAGUCAAGGCCCUAGACGCAAUUCCAGAGGUCGUUGAAGCGGAUAUACUACCCCUGGGAGAAGCGCCAGCAGCACCUUUGCAGCAGCGAAUCAGAGCUUUGCCCACGUGUUCUGACUGUGGGGUUAAAGGGCAUAAGCGUACUUCCUGUCUAAAUAGGCAUGAAUAG